AUGACUGGAAACAACCAAACUUUGAUAUCGCAGUUCCUACUCCUGGGUCUGCCCAUCCUGCCAGAUUAUCAUUUCCUGUUCUAUGCCCUGUUCCUGGCCAUGUACCUUACCACCAUCUUGGGGAACCUGCUAAUCAUUGUCCUUGUUCGACUGGAUUCCCAUCUCCAUACACCCAUGUAUUUGUUUCUCAGCAAUUUGUCCUUCUCUGAUCUCUGUUUUUCUUCUGUCACAAUGCCCAAGUUGCUUCAGAACAUGCAGAGCCAAGUACCAUCUAUAUCCUAUGUGGGCUGUCUAACACAGCUGUACUUCUUUAUGGUUUUUGGAGACAUGGAAAGCUUUCUUCUUGUGGUCAUGGCCUAUGAUCGUUAUGUGGCCAUCUGCUUUCCUUUGCAUUACACCAGCAUCAUGAGCAACAAGUUCUGUACUUCACUAGUGCUACUCCUGUGGAUGCUGACGACAUCUAACGCCAUGAUGCACACCUUGCUCAUGGCUAGAUUGUCUUUUUGUGAGAAGAAUGCAAUUCUCCACUUUUUCUGUGACAUUUCUGCUCUUCUGAAGUUGUCCUGCUCAGACACUUAUGUUAAUGAAUUGAUGAUAUUUAUCAUGGGAUGGAUCAUCAUUAUUAUUCCAUUCCUACUCAUUGUUAUGUCCUAUGUAAAGAUUUUCUUAUCCAUUCUCAAGGUCCCAUCUAUCCAGGGAAUCCACAAGGUCUUCUCCACCUGUGGAUCCCAUCUGGGUGUGGUGUCUCUGUUCUAUGGGACUAUUAUUGGUCUCUACUUAUGUCCAUCAGGUAAUAAUUCCACUGUAAAGGAGAGUGCCAUGGCCAUGGUGUAUACAGUGGUGACUCCCAUGCUCAACCCCUUCAUCUAUAGCCUGAGGAACAGAGACAUGAAGAGAGCCCUAAUAAGAGUUAUCUGCAGUAAAAAAAUCUCUAUGUAA